AUUGUUCUGCCCGCGCCGCCGCCCGCGCCGCCACAGCCCCGCGCCCCGCACGCCCCCGCCAUGUCCGACACGGCCGUGGACACCAGCGCCGAGAUCUGCGCCAAGGAUCUAAAAGAGAAGAAGGAAGUUGUUGAAGAAACAGAAAAUGGCAGAGAUGCGCCAGCCAACGGCAAUGCUAACGAGGAAAAUGGAGAGCAAGAGGCUGAUAACGAAGUAGAUGAAGAGGAAGAGGAAGGUGGUGAGGAAGAAGACGAGGAGGAAGAGGGUGAUGGGGAGGAAGAGGACGGUGAUGAAGACGACGAAGCUGAGGGAGCCACAGGGAAACGGGCAGCUGAGGAUGACGAGGACGACGACGUCGAUCCCAAGAAGCAGAAAACCGAUGAAGACGACUAGGCAGCAAAUUAUAAUUAUUUUUUUUAAAUAAGGAGGAAAAACAAACCAACAAAAAAGGCCAGCGCGUCCUCUUCACCCCUGGGACCCCCCCCUCCCCUUCCCUUUCUCCCGUCGCAGCCCUCCCCACACGCAGCCCUUCCUCCCCCCUCGCCGUGGUCAUCCUCACCAAGUAGAGUGAACCCCAUCCCGGCCCCCCGGCGCGGCGCUGCCACUCAAUGAGCAUAGAAACGAUUCGCCCGAUCGCGGGGAGAAAAACCCCCCUUCCCACAGACCCCAUUUUCCCCCCCCUCCCCGAGCACCAAAACUUCAAGGCCCUGCUUUCUUUCUUAAAAGUACUUUAAAGGAGAAUUUGUUUGUAUUUUUUAUUUACAUUUUAUAUUUUUGUACAUAUUGUUAGGAGGUCCGCCAUUUUUAAGUGAUCUCGGAUUGACCAAAAGGGGGGCUUUGAAGUGUAUAUCUCUUGUUACCUAUCUCUGACUUUACUUGUGGUGUGACCAGGCCCAAACCAUUAUCUCAAAGGAGAAUAAAAGAAAAAAAAACUUGUAAAAAAAAAAAAAAAAAAAAAAAGAAAAA